AAGAUCAAUGAAAGAUCUAAAUCGAUUAUAAUGUUUUAUCCAGUUAACGUGCAAUCUCUUUCCAUAUCUCCUAAGCAAGGUAAGCUUCUUGUAAAUUGAGCAUGGUACAACUGUGGUGUUAUAGUUUGCGGAUGAACGUUAAGGAAAAAUUUCUUAGUCGUGAAGUUUUCUCUUUCUCUCUCUCUCUCUCUCUCUCUCUCUCUCAAGGCCGGAGAAGACACACGAUCCCGUUUUCAUUUCUACGGUUAUUGGAUGAGACACUGGCAUGAACGUCAAGGUUCUAACGAGAACAAGUAGGAUAUCAACCUUUCAAAUAAAUAGUUUCUUUCUUUUUCUUUUUUAAAUCUACAUAUACAUAUUAUUCUUCUUUUAUUUCAAAUCGUAAACGGAGAUAUUUAUUUCAAAAAUCCAAAUUACUUUCGAAAGAGUUAUGCUUCUAAACGAAUCAUAACGAGAUCAAAUAAAACGAUUCGACGAAUUAUUUACGUAGAAAAGGAAAUUUUUUUAAUAAUUUUUAAGAUUAAAAAAAAUUUUUUCUUUUUUCUUUUUUUUUUUUUCUCCUUUAAAUAUUAUACACCCUACUGAAAACUAGAAUUAAAAAACCAUAAUGAUCUUCUUUCUCACAGAUCCAUAAUGCGUAAUUUAAACGUGAACUAUGUAAAUGAAAAUAAUAGAAAUCCAAUUGUGAACUCCUUUUAAUUUAAAACAGAUCGAAUGGACAACGUUACGUCGGAUUAUAUAGUAAAAAAAAAAAUUCAUUUAUUCUCGACAACAUCGACAAAAAGGAAAAAAGAAAACAAUUGGUCGAAUUACGCGAUUAUUUCGUGACAAAAACGAAUAAUCGAGAAUCUUUUUCGAUCGUUCCAAAUCGAAUGAUGUAAUUCGGUCGAUGUUGAGAAAAAAAAAAAAAAAAAAAAAAAAAGAAAAGAAAAGAAAAAGAAAGAAAGGAAGGAAGAAAAAAAAUGUAACGGAUAACCUCGAAAUUUUGAUCUCUAAUUUCGAUUCCACGUGACAAGUUUCUUCAUCUCUUUUUCUAUCUCUCUCUCUCUCUCUCUCUCUCUCUCUCUGUUUUUUCGAUCGGAAUGCGUGGAGAAUUUCGACGUUAUAAGGCUAAGAAUAAUAAUAAUAAUAAUAAUAAUAAUAAUAAUAAUGAUGAUGAUGAUAAUAAUAAUAAUAAUAAAAAAACGAAGAAUAAAAAAGAAAAAAGGCGAGAUCAAAUUCGUUCUUAGGUGUAGUAGACGUGAGACGAGGAGAAAUGUCAAUGUCAUACGUAUCAAAUUUUAUUGAACAGGGCAAUGCGUUUCCUGUAUAUCGUCGUUCCCUCCGCAAUAACGUAAACGUGUGCCCCAGGUUUUUCUGGUUGGGAUGCCUUGCGGGAGACUUUUUCCCAAAGGGGUAUAUAAAACCGUGUAACGAAGGUAGAUGAACAACACAAUACGUAGGUACUUUGGCGAGUACUGUUCACUACGGCAGCGCUAAGGAACCAACAUAAUCCAAUUAUAAUAUCUCCCUCUUUGAGUUUCAUCAUGAAAUUUCUCAUCGUAUUUACCGCCAUAUUGGCCGUUGCCAUUGGUCAUCCUGGAGUUAUAUUGAAUUCAGCCCCACUUGCUUAUGCAAGAUUAUUACCCGGUGCGCCAAUCGGAUUGGACGGACGAGUAGUUGAUACUCCUGAAGUAGCUCUGGCGAAAGCGGAACAUGCGGCAGCUCAUGUCAACGAAAGGAUCAAUCUUGCCAACGAAGCUGUUAAAUCUACUGAAGUUCUCGUACCAGCGACAUACGGUGCUCCUCUUGUCGCACCUCUUCUUAGUCCGGCAUUAUCAUUAACGGCAACUAAAUUAACCCCAGGUGCACCAAUUGGUGCCGAUGGACGUGUCGUUGAUACACCGGAAGUUGUCAUUGCCAAGGCCGAACAUGCUGCCGCACAAAUCAACGAAAGGCUGGGAUUGGCUCAGGAGGCUGUCAAAGCGACAUCCGCUGAUCUUCCGUUAGUCGUAUCCUCGCCUCUUUUAUACGCGAAAUAUAUUCGGGUCGUUUACGUUCACGAGAAAGUCAUUCUCGAUGGUGCCACCUCGAAAUCUACUACUACUCGAGUUACAUACUUGAUAGAUACUUCAUUUCAGAUACUCUUACUGAUCGCUAUGAUCGCGAGUACCAGGGCCGGUUAUAUCGCCCCCGAUUCACCCUCAUUUUAUGGCGAGCCACAAUUAGAAACCCAACGAUCUCCAACAAGAUUUCCACCACCCGCACCAGUUGGACAAGAUGGUAACGUUAUCGAUACACCCGAGGUAGCACAAGCUAAGGCUGCACACUUUGCCGAAUUUGCUAAAGCGGCUGCAAGAGCCGUCGAAGAGAGCAAGAAUCAAAAGGCAACCUUCGACGAUUCUUCAAAUCCUAGAGCAACCUUGUCGCAAUCAUACAAUAAUUAUCCUUCGAACGUUCAACAAACGUCUCCACCCUUAUACAGACAACAAAAUUAUCAAGCAGCUUAUCAACAACCUCAACCAGCUUAUCAACAACCUCAACCAGCUUAUCAACAACCUCAACCAACUUUCCAACAACAACAACAACAACAACAACCCUUUCCUUAUCAAAACAAUCCUUUACCACCUUUACAAUCUCAAUAUAAUCAUCCUGCUGUACAUCCCGUUAAUCCUCCUACUUAUCAACAAACGACGCAAUACGAAAAACAACCACGGCCAAAUUUCAUUAAUCAAAAGAAUAAUAACUUUGGUCCACCUGCAAAAGCUACUUUCAUUCCUGCUCCUCUUGCCGAGGACGGGACCGUUUUGGAUACGCCCGAGGUCGCUGCCCUCAAGGCAGCCAGACUCGCCGAACUCGCCGAUGCCGAGGCCAGGGCCUACAAGUACAGUGCCGCCGCUGCUAGGAAGUUUCCUGGACCUCAAGGUCAAGCUUAUCCCGAAACUCAGGCUGAUGGACCAUCUCCGAUAAAUUACAAUUCGGCAGGUUCGCAAUUUGGUCCCUCUUAUACAAGUGGAUCAUCGGCACAAUCCUUCGCGCCACAGCAAGGACCUUUUUCUAAAUCCUUCCAACCUGGCCAAGGAUAUCAAUCACAUAAUAAUUAUCAAUCGCCGCAGUACGUAAACGACCUUGAGCCUGAUGCAAUUUUUAUAGUACUGUCUGUGCUCCUCGUAAUGGCGAGCACCGAGGCUAAGUACAUAUUGGAACCCAUAUACGAAUAUCGUGGACCACCGGCACCCCUAUCGAAAGAUGGUAGGGUAUUAGAAACCGCGGAGGUUCUACGAGCACGUAACGCACACAUGGCGGCACACGCGGAAGCUUUGUCGAGAAUAAGAGAAAUUGAAAGAAACGAUUAUAACGAGAGGAUGGUGAGACCUACAAUGAUGUCACCUAUUAUGUCACCAAUGAUGUCACCAACGAUGACAAUGAAAACUAACACGAGAACGCGUUCGAUUGCUCCGCUAUCGCCCGAUGGCCGUGUUCUUGACACUCCUGAGGUGGCUAAGGCAAAAGCUGCACAUUUAGCUGCACAUGCACGAACAACCUCAAGACUGGCCGCAGCUGCGGCUUCCGCAGCAACGGCGCAAUACCGAUUGGACGUUUACGAUGGCCGUAGAAAUCUAGUAUACCUGGCACCUGUUCGAGUUAAUUAUCCAACUGUAUCCCCGGUAGGAUAUCGAGGACCACCUGCACCCAUUGGACCUGAUGGACGUGUCAUCGACACUCCGGAAGUUGCGAGAGCUCGUGCUGCUCACAUGAAAGCACGAGCCCACGCGCUUGCAAUGUUAUCUCGUCGCGAGAAUAAUUAUUAUUAAAUUACGAACGUGUAGAGAGCGUCCAAUAAUCUAUAUUAAGUUAGUUAAAUUUAGAAUGUGUCAUCUCUAUCUCUAUUUCUAUCUACAUCCGUCUAUAUCUGUCUGUCUAUCUUUCUCUUUCUUUCUCUCUCCCUCUCUCUCUCUCUCUCUCUCUCUCUCUCUCUAUCUCUCUCUCUCUAUCUCUCUCUCUUUCCUUUUUUGUUCUUUGUUAGAUUUAAGAUAACGAAGUAGUAACGAUUGGAUCGAAAGUUCUCUUAGGCUUUGUGAUAAUAACAAUCUGAAGAAAUAGAAUCGUUAACUGAAGAGAUUUAAUCGAUUUUUAAAACGAUCCAAGAACUUUUCAAUCACCCUCUAUAGAAUUUCUAUUUCAAUUAACAAAAUUAUUGCGAUAUCAAUUUUGAAAUGAUCUCUUAUUUUUUUUUUUUUUUCUUUUUAGGAAAUAACACCCAUAAGUUGUUCGUUCGGAAUUAUUUACGUUAUUAUUUGUAAAUUCGUCAAUUUCCGUCGAAGGUACAUAUUUUUUUUCUUUUCUUUUUUUUUUUUUCAUGAUGAAACAAACGCGACGACAAUCGAUUGUCCUAUUUUAUGUACGCCCCUCCUCCUUCAAAUUCCCACCCCGCAAACUCCAAACAUAAGAGGGGUUCAUCGAUUUUUUUUUUUUUUUGUUAUUCAAAUCGUUGUAUCUUAUUGUAUAUCUCUUGUUCGAGGUAUAAAAAUCAUGAGGAAAGAAGUGUUCGUUCGAGUUUUCGUCUAUUUGAAAAUAAUGAAAUUUCUUUGUUUAUGUAAGAUAAAUAAGAUUUCUAUUUGUUAAUUUUUUUUUUUUUCUACAGAUAUUAAUUAGAAAGAAAGAAGAGAAUGAUGGUUAAUUCGAUAGAGACGAUUAUGUACCUGAUUUUUCCGUCGUCUUUUCUCUCUCUCUCUCUCUCUCUCUCUCUGUCUCUCUGUUUUUCUCUUUUUCUCUCUCUAUCCAUCUAUCUUUGUCUCAAUAGUUCGACAGAAAACUCAAAUGAUCCUAAUCAAAGCUUAUCACAAACUAUUGUAUAUAGUUACUUAUCGUAAAUUUUUAUUAUUGUAACACGUUAAUAUUUUGAAUCAUUUUCAAUUUCUAAUCCUGAGAAUUAAUUUUCUCUUUAAGAAACACAUCCAUAUAUAUAUAUAUUUAUAACGGCUGUAUAUAUAAUAAAAUAGCCAAAGGUUUGGACAAAUAUCAAACGUCGAAAAAAAAGAAAAAAAAUGGAAAUAUUGUCUAACAUUUUAUAAUAUUUCAUAUAAUAUAAAAUAUUAUAAUGUCGUGUUAUAUAAUAAUAUUUAUUAUCCCCC